GGUUACUCGUCAUGAAGAUCUUGCCAGGCCUUCUCAGUCUUCCCCCGUCGUAGCUUAGCAUUCUCGCGAUUUUUUGCAGAUUGAUCAAGACGCUGUAAUUAUAGUUUCAAACGAUGAGAAGGAGGAAAAGAAAAGCAGUACGUACGUCUUGUCUGAGGCAAUUGUUCAGAUCACGCUUCGCUUGAUUACACCCACCAGUCCAUUUAGCCCAUGAAUCAGCAUGACAUGCUUCGAGUGCCUGGAUGAAUUCCUUGCAGACUAUGGGAGUGCAGAAAACAAAUUCAGUGUUCGUUCCCAGUGACCAAACUGACGUGAGCAUGGUUUGGAGAAAGUCGCAACGGGACUCACCAAUUCGUUUGUCCCCUGACAAUUGGGGGUGCAUGAUGAUUAGGCCGGGCGGAAGGACCAAGUUUCAAGCGUUUUUCAAUUUGGGCUCAUGCAAGCGUGAAGUGGAUCGGAUGACGAAGCGAGGUGGUGAAGAGCGGCCUUCGAAGGAAAUACCGGCGAAGGUCACAAAGGACCAAUGAAAACGGAGGAGAAGCGUGAGAGUGAUCCGGAACACGGUGGGGAAGGAUGAUUAGAUAUCGAGAUCGUGCAAAGCGCAUAUAAGCUCGCGUCCCCCCAUCCUUUUCUUUUUACUCAUACGCCCAAGCCAUGUCUCGCUUCACUCAACAAGAUCACCUUGCUAUUGCCACCAUCCGUGCUCUUGCAGCGGAUGUCGUCGGCAAGGCCAACUCUGGUCACCCUGGUGCUCCCAUGGGCAUGGCACCGGUUGCCCAUGUCCUUUUUACUAGAUUUUUCAACACUAACCCCAAGAACUCCAAGUGGUAUAACCGCGAUCGAUUCGUGCUCUCUAACGGACAUGCUUGUGCUCUCCAAUAUAUCAUUCUCCAUCUUCUCGGCUUUAAGCUAUCGUUGGACGACUUGAAGGCUUUCCGUCAAAUUGACUCCUUGACUCCUGGUCACCCUGAAUACAGACACACUGAUGGCAUUGAGGUCACCACUGGUCCUCUCGGUCAGGGUUUCGCCAAUGGCGUCGGCUUCGGCAUUGCGCAGGCGCAUAUGGCCGCCGUCUACAAUAAGGAGGGCCACGAACUCGUCAACAACUACACAUACGUCUUUACUGGUGACGGUUGCUUGAUGGAGGGUGUCGCGAGCGAGGCGGCGAGCUUGGCUGGACACUUGCAACUUGGCAACCUCAUCUACAUUUACGAUGAUAACCACAUCUCCAUUGAUGGUGACACCAACGUUGCUUUCACUGAAAAUGUUGAGCAACGAUUCCUCUCCUACGGAUGGCAAGUACUCCACGUAGAUAAUGGAGACAGCGAUCUCGAUGCCAUCUACAAUGCUAUCGAGGAGGCUCGCAAGGAGAAGAACAAGCCCACCAUCAUUCGUCUACGCACAACCAUCGGCUUCGGUUCGAAGCAGCAGGGUACUCACGGCGUACACGGUGCUCCACUGAAGGCUGAUGAUAUCCAGCAACUCAAAGCUAAAUUUAACCUCCCCGCCGACCAGAGCUUCUACGUCCCCCAAGAGAUCUAUGACAUCUACAACAGCGUCGCCGCCCGCGGUGCAAAGCUCGAACAAUCCUGGAACCAAGUUCUCGCGUCAUAUGCACAGAAGUUCCCUAAGGAGUACGCUGAGCUCACUCGUCGUAUUUCUGGUAAACUCCCUGAGAACUGGGAGCAACUCCUCCCUGUGUACAAGCCCUCGGAUGCCGCCCAGGCUUCUCGCAAGCUCUCUGAGAUCGUCCUUACUGCUAUCACCCCCGCAUUCCCUGAUUUCAUAGGUGGUUCUGCAGAUUUGACUGGCAGCAACUUGACACGAGUCAAGACUGUUGAGGACUUCCAGCCCCCUAGCACAGGCUUGGGUAGCUACAAGGGCACCUACGUUCGAUAUGGUGUUCGUGAGCAUGGUAUGGGUGCCAUUGCCAACGGUUUAUCGGCCUAUGGCGGAAUCAUUCCCUUCGUCGCCACUUUCCUGAACUUUGUCUCAUAUGCUGCUGGCGCUGUUCGUCUUUCUGCCCUGAGCGGGCACCAGGUCAUUUGGGUCGCUACCCACGAUUCGAUUGGCCUCGGAGAGGACGGUCCCACCCACCAACCUAUCGAGACAGCCGCCCACUUCCGUGCCACCCCCAAUCUCGAUUUCUGGCGUCCAGCAGACGGUAACGAGACUUCUGCCGCAUACCUCGUCGCCCUCAAGAGUAACACGACUCCUUCCAUCCUCUCUCUUUCCCGUCAAAACCUUCCCAAUCUCGAGAACUCUACUAUCGAGCAUGCUUCCAAGGGAGGCUAUGUUGUGUAUGAGGAGCAGAAUGAGGACCUCACUAUCGUUUCUUCUGGAAGCGAGGUCAGCAUUGCUCUGGAGGCGGCCCAGAAGCUCCAGUCGGAGGGUUUCAAGGCUCGUGUUGUCAGCUUGCCCUGCUGGUCUGUCUUCGAUGCUCAACCUGCCGAGUACCGAUUAAGCGUCUUGAGGAGUGGUGCACCCAUUUUGUCGGUCGAGGCUCUCUCGACCCUCGGCUGGCAGAAAUACAGCCAUGAGCAAUUCGGUCUGUUCGGUUGGGGUGCUUCUGGUCCGUAUAAGAAGGUGUAUGAGAAGUUCGGGAUUACUGGACCCAACAUUGCCGAGAUCGGCAAGAAGGUCAUUAACUUUUACAAGCAGAAGGGUGGUGAGGUCAUCUCUCCUUUGGUCAAGGCAAUUUAGAGUCUAGAAUGAUUUGGGAAUGUGUCUGCUUGAGGCAACAUAGAAGAAGAAUACCAAGAUGUACUUUUUGUAACAUUGGGUUUUAUGGAUAGCACCCCAAUAGAAUUCCGUGUAUUGUGCUUGAUAUGCCCAUG